AUGGGCCAUUACGUAACACUCGCUACGUGUAACCUCAAUCAAUGGGCGUUGGACUUUGAGGGAAAUAGAGACAGAAUCAUUGCCAGUAUAAUUGAGGCUAAGAAACAAGGUGCAAAACUUAGGGUUGGACCCGAGCUAGAGAUUUGCGGGUAUGGUUGUUUAGAUCACUUUGACGAGAAUGAUUUAUAUGAACAUAGUUGGGAGGUGUACGCCGAGAUAAUCUCAAAUCCAGUAACACACGGUAUCUUGUUAGAUAUUGGUAUUCCCAUAAUCCACAAGUCUAUAAAGUACAAUUGUCGUAUCAUCUCAUACAAUGGUAAAAUCCUAUUGAUCAGACCAAAGUUGUUCCUCGCAAAUAAUGGAAAUUACAGAGAGAUGAGAUAUUUCACCCCUUGGAAUAGACCAAAAUACUAUGAGGAGCACUACCUUCCUCGUAACAUUACCAAAGCAACAGGUCAAUCGAAAGUCACAUUCGGGGAUUGUGUGAUUGAAACUUUUGACACCAAACUCGGUUGCGAAACGUGUGAGGAACUUUUCACCCCGGACUCGCCACACAUUGCCAUGAGUUUAGACGGGGUCGAGAUAUUCACAAACUCUAGUGGGUCACACCACGAGUUGAGAAAAUUGGACACAAGAUUGCAUUUGAUCACCAAUGCAACAAAAAAGUGUGGUGGGGUUUACUUGUAUGCAAAUCAAAGGGGAUGUGAUGGGGAUAGAUUAUACUAUGAUGGGUGUGCCUGUAUCGUGGUAAAUGGUCAAUUGCUUGCUCAAGCUUCCCAAUUUUCACUAAACGAUGUUGAGGUCAUUAGUGCAACAAUAGACCUUGAUGAUGUUCGAUCGUAUAGGAAUCAGAAGUCAGCUGGAAUGCAAGCAGUGGACCAAGAAAAACCAUACAAAGCUAUUUUUGCAGACGUUGAGCUUUCACCAAGUGAGAACGUAUAUGACCCAAAUGUGUCCCCCACACGCCCACAAAAGAUCAAGUAUCACUCCCCGGAAGAGGAAAUUGCUUACGGACCUGCUUGCUGGCUUUGGGACUAUUUGAGGAGAUCAAAAUGUGGUGGCUAUUUUCUUCCCUUGAGUGGAGGGAUUGAUUCUUGUGCAACUGCAGUAAUUGUUCAUCUGAUGUGCAGAUUAGUGGUAAAGUCAAACAAUGAACAAGUUUUAGCCGAUGUUAGAAGUCUUACUCGCGAUCCAAGCUUCACUCCAAAAACUCCUCAAGAAUUGGCAAAGAAAAUCUUUUGCACUUCAUUUAUGGGCACGGAAAAUUCAUCAUCAGAGACUAGAUCAAGAGCAAAAGAGUUAGCUGAAAAGAUUGGAUCUUAUCAUGUGGAUUUGAACAUGGAUAAUCUCGUCACAGCUGUUGUUUCCUUGUUUGAAGUUGCUACUGGUAAAAAGCCAAUGUUUAAAAUAUUUGGCGGAUCUCAAACGGAAAAUUUGGCCUUGCAAAACAUACAAGCAAGAUUGCGUAUGGUUUUGAGCUACUUGUUUGCACAGUUGUUACCAUGGACCCGGAGGCUUUCGGUUCCCGGCUUGUUGGUGUUGGGUAGUGCUAAUGUUGAUGAAUGCCUUCGUGGCUACUUGACCAAAUAUGACUGCUCAUCUGCCGAUGUCAAUCCUAUUGGAGGAAUUUCGAAAACAGACUUGAAAAGAUUUAUUGCUUGGGCUGAAAAAAAGUUUGAUUUGCCUAUAUUGCAUGACUUUAUAACUGCCACUCCCACUGCUGAAUUAGAGCCAAUUACAAAAGACUACGUUCAAAGUGAUGAGGUUGACAUGGGAAUGACGUACGAUGAAUUGUCACGCUUUGGAACAUUGAGAAAAGUGGACAAGUGUGGGCCCUUAGCCAUGUUUAUUAAAUUGUACCACGAAUGGUCUCAACCACCGUACAAUUUAACAGCGGAGCAGGUCGCAGAGAAGAUAAAGAGGUUCUGGUUCUUCUACGCCGUCAACAGACACAAAAUGACGACCAUGACUCCUGCUUACCAUGCCGAGCAGUACUCUCCUGAUGAUAAUAGAUUCGACUUGAGACCAUUUUUAAUCAACCCAAGAUUUCCCUAUGCUAGUAAAAAGAUUGAUGAAGUUGUUGAACAAAUCAACAAGAGGCGCGAAGAAGUCAGACGUAGCAACGUUAGCGUAGAUUAA